GCGAGAGAGGAGUGAGCUGCAUUAGGGUACACUGUGUCAAAUGCUCUGCAAAACCCUGGGCAUUUUUUGUGCUUGGUGUUUGAUUGCUGGGAUAGACAUUGGUUUGACACAGUGUAACACCAAAGCAAUUUCCCAUCAACAGACACCUUGGAAGUUUUGAAGAAGAGACACUCGUUUAAAGAGAGAGUGUAAGGGGUGCAGUCUCCUGUGCAUGGCCCUCGGUGCGGCGUCACCAUGAGCGGGGAGUUGGAUGCGUUGGCGGUGGUCAACCAGCUGCGGGACCUGGCAGCCGACCCCCUGAACAGGCGAGCCAUCGUAGAGGACCAAGGAUGCCUCCCCGGCCUCAUCCUGUUCAUGGACCACCCCAACCCACAAGUCGUCUACUCCGCACUAUUAGCGGUGCGCUACCUGGCGGAAUGUCGAGCGAACCGGGAGAAGAUGAAGGGGGAGCUGGGGAUGAUGCUGAGCCUGCAGACCGUCAUGCAGAAAGGCACGACGCCGGGCGAGACGAAGCUGCUGGCGUCUGAGAUCUAUGAGAUCCUCCAGAACGCCAACAACGCAGAGUCCGAGCAGGCCGAGGCCUCGUCGUCAUGCCGACGUAAGGCCCAGUUCUUCCUGGGAUCCUCCAACAAGCGGGCCAAGACGGUGGUACUGCACAUCGACGGCCUGGACGACUCGGCGCGGCGGAGUCUGUGUGAGGAGGCUCUCCUGAAGAUCAAAGGCGUCAUCAGCUUCACCUUCCAGAUGGCCGUCAAGAGAUGUGUGGUGCGCAUACGCUCAGACCUCAAGGCUGAGGCUCUGGGGUCGGCCAUCAACUCAACCAAAGUGAUGAAAGCGCAGCAGGUGGUGAAGGGGGAGGACGGAGAAGAGCUGAUGGUUCCACUAGAGGGCGACUUUGUGGUGGAGCAGAACACGGACCUGCCCGACUACCUUCCGGAGGACGAGAGCCCGUCGCAGGAGCCCCACAAGGCCGUGUCCCGCCUGGGCUCCAUGCAGGACGGCGUGGGCUGGCUCAGCACCGCCGCCAACUUCCUCACGCGCUCCUUUUACUGGUGACCUGGCGGGGGAGGGGCGGGGGGCGGAGGAGGGCGGAGGUGGACACGACACUCACAACCCCCCCUCACCUCAACCCAGCCAAACCCCAUACCACACCACACCACACCACACCACACCACACCACGACCCCCUGCCCCUCAAAAGAAGAAAACGGAAGAGAAAAAAAAAAAACCCGCCCCUUUCCCCUUGCACUGUCACACCUUGCCCUGCAGGGGGUGUCGGACUGCCAAGUGCAAUUCUUUUCUUUUUUUUGCAAUAACCAUAACUGUGUAUCGAAAAGCUCCAAAACGACUAUAAUAACAAACCAAGACUGCAGCAGAAGCCACAGUGAAGCGCACCGUGUGUGCAUGUAUGUAUGAAGGCACGACGUGCUCCCAGCGAUCCCUCUCGACGACCUUUGACCUCUAGGCAACGUCACUGCUCCCAUUGGUCAACUCGCCACUGAAGCCAUAAAGAAAGGGGACUCAUGCCACGCUCUGAUUGGCUAGCGCACCUCAGCCCUCUUGCAUCACUUCCUGUUUUUUUUUUUAGCAUUCUCCUUUUUUUCCACCACUUUGUUUCCUCGAGGGCUGUCCAAUGGCUUUGUUUGCUGUCCUCUUCUGAUGGGUCCUUGUGAUGGGGAAUGAAUGCAUGGCUGACUGUCCUGCUCUGCCUGCCCGUCUGUCUGGCUCCUGGUGUGUUGUAUUGACUCUGCAAGUCUCUGUUGGCGUGUACUACAUGGGCGCGCUAGUCACCAAUCUGCUUUAUUCAACCCAGAGGCUGGUGUAGGGUCACAGUAAACAUGGAGGGGUAAUUCCAAGAACAGAAGCGAUUAAACCUUGUUGAAGAGUGUGGUAAAUCUGCUAAAAGAGAGCCUGCAGGCAUCGUUUUUGCUAAGGCGAUGAGGACGGGAUGCUCUUUUAGUAGCAGCUUUACGGCUACUACCGCUCGGUUAGCUUCACUUGGUUGGCAACUAAACCGCCGUCUUGGAGUGCCUCUCUGGCUGGGACUGGAGGCCGUUGACAUUGUUGAAUGUUUAGCUGAAUGAGUGAUUAGUUUAGAAUGAAACGAAACGAGUGGCUCUUUCACCACCAGGUUUUACUGCUACAUGCCUCGGGGAACACUAAAGCAGGUUUGUGACUUGACCUCCCAUGUAGUGUAGAGGCAGGAAGAGACCAGACGCCACUUGAGCGACUCCAGCAGCGGAAGUAAUUGAACUUGUAUUGAGUCUAGGGAUGCAAAUUAUCGAUUCAUUCAUUAAUCAUUAGUUGAUAGCCUUAUAGAUCGACUUACAAUUAAUUAAUAUGCGGCGUUUUCCCCCAGAAAUUUCAAUGUUUCUCAAAAACAAAAUACAAAAUCAAAAAAAUGUAAUGAAAAAUUGAGAUAAUAUACCACAUUUCAAUGAAUUCUAUUUCAAUUCUUUAAUCCAAAGGUUAUUUCAAUAUACCCACUAUUCACACACACUCUUCACACACACUCUUCACAUGCCCAUUUCACCUGGGUCUCAUGUCAGUCAAAUUGUCGAUUAAUUGCGAUUAAUGUUUUUUAAUCGAUUAACGCAUUGAUCGUUUGCAUCCCUAAUUGAGUCGCUCGCUGGUGAUGGAAGAGACGAAAGCUAUGGGGCACCUAAGUCUCCACCCCUUCCGGGCGGCUUCUGGGGCUGGCAACGGAAAAACUUUUGACUGGGCUGUAAUGGACUGAUCAAAGCUAUUUUCCGACCCACCUCGCAUUUCCCCGUCGAUCACACAUAUGCUGUGCCUCAGAAUUAAUAACAACCAAUGGUGUGCUUGUUGACUUCACUUGGCAAGCGAUUUUUGAGUUGUGAGUGUGUAAAAAUAUGUAAUUAUUUGGACUACACUACAGACGUCGCAUGUCCGACGUGCAGCCACUUAAGCCACGGUGCAGCGGUAGGGUUGGCUGUGCCUCGGUUCACGUCAGAUAUGCGAGGCGCAAGUGUAGUCUCCAACACAGUUUUGCACAAAAGCUAAAAUAACGUUUCUUGCGUGCCGAAAAUGAGUGGUCUUACGACGCAAAUCCAAACCUUUUAAAUUCACUGUCAUCAUAUGUGAAAUCCGGAGCACAUGCCAAACGGGAUGAGGAUUUAGCUUGACUCGCUCCAUUGACUCGCAUUCAAAAUUUUGCGAGCUCCUGCCCCAUGUAUCGGAAGUAGAAGGGCGUGACUUAGGUGCCCCAUUUGGGCAGCAGUUUGUAAUUGGGCUUCAGCCAGUAUUAUGCAAAUGAGCUGUGAUGCUGUUCGACGGCAGCCGCCACAGCCAAUGGGAAUGUCGGAAUGCUUGCAUUUUGCUUUUAGCGGACACACUCUGUUGCUUCUAUCGCUCGCAUCGCUCUUGCUAAACAGUCCAGCGAUUCUCUGUCUAGUCGCUUAAUCGUGUUGCGGCUGGUGUAUUCGGCCAGUUAGACCCUGGUCUAGGACGGACUGGUGAUGGGAUGGCCCAUAUGGGUUUGGUUGGAUAAUUUUAAACAACACAGGUGUUAUUAUUUUCAAAAUGACCUUAUUUUUUUCUGCCACCCCCCUUUUUACUCUAUUAUGUUUUUUUGUCUGUCUCUUUUGGAAUGUAUUUGAUCAUGAGAAGCAUAAUCAUCUAUUCCCUUUACCAUUUAGGCCUCACCAAAGCAUGCUGUAAUAUUUUAAUGCCUUUUUUCUUUGCCAUCGUCUUUCAUAGUGAUGCUACUCUCGUGCAGGAGGAGUGUGUGUUGUGUGUGUGAUUUGAUUUCUUUUCUCUUUUUUCUUCUCCUGCUUGUUCUUAAUAUUUAUAUCUUGUUUUUAAGAUUGUUUUUUUCAUUUUUCACUCUUUUGAAACCUUAAGAAGAAAAAAAAAACCUACAAAUGUGUAUAUAUUUUUGGGUUGUGAUUGGUUUAGUUCUGAAUACAUGAAAUCUCCCCGUUCUCGUGUGUGUAUUAGACCUCGUAAAUCUCGGCAGGUUCCUUCCACCAGGGGGAGUUCCGUAGACACCAGCAGAUGACUAGCGGGCAGUGAUGGGGGAAUCUGGACUCAUCACUUAACAAUCCAGUGCCACAUAUUCCAAACCACCUGGAUUCACCUGUCCAAUUCAGAAAGGUGGUUGCCUGGUUUAGUGAUCACCUGGUUGAAUUAGACAGGUAGGCCUAAAAGCUGUUGAUUUGGCUUGUGUGGCGCUGGAUUGUAAGCUAAUAUGUCCCAGUUGCACAUCACUGCUGACAGGUCUGUUGUAGAGCAGACGGCGGAGAAACGUUUCGCUCGUUUUACUCUUUAAAAGGGACAUGAGGGGUUGGGGCUCCUCUCUAGCCGCACGGUUUUCUCCUUUUGUUGUUAUGCCACGUGCCAAGCACCGCAAACGUAUACCUACAAACGUAUGUAGUAAUAUGCGAACACGCGUUUUAGAUCGAUGUUUAACCUCAAACACUACUCGAACCAAAUGGGUGAUUUAGCUAGUCACUGGUUGUGAUUGCCUAACCUCUGUAGGUUUAAUGACGACAACAAUGCACACUAACGACUUCUCUCAACAUGUUUUGUUGUCAGAUUUCCACCGUUUUUUCACCAUAAAACACUGAAGAACAGUUCGAAACGUCACAUAUUUGCCACAAUUCCAGAGCCUUCCAGCAAACAGUGAGAUAUACUGCUGCUUGCGUUGCCAAAACGUGCUCUGCUCGCCUGGUGCCUGCUGCUGAAACGGCACGCUCUCAACACCACCAUGCUCACUACACUACGCCACAGCUGGCCAGGAGUGCGUUUCUUGACAGCGUCAAGUUAGCAACUUACUAAGGAGCAAUGAUGUUGUCGAGAAACACUGUUCAGCUUGCAUCCUCCUGGCCAGCAGUCCUUUGUGAUUGACCACCUAUAGACCACCACAUGUUGCAUUACCUAAGCUGCUUCUGUUUCACAUCGAGAGUCGGACACACACACGCACACACACACACACAGAACUCGUCAAUCAGGGGGUGCAUACACGCACACGGCAACGGCUAGGUCCCACACAGACACACACACCUCUCCUCGUCUUGAUUGCGAUGAGAUUUUAGCCGUCGUUUCCCAGCCUCUCCCGACUCUCACUGUAAAGGAAUAGCGUAGUAACUGGAAUGGCUAAUAGCUGAAUGCACUUCUUUAUACCCAGAGUUCAAAGCUAACAGGAGGAGUUCAAGACGUUUGACUGUUCAUUUGUUUUUCCCCCCUUGUCCGCCUUUUUGUCCGUUUCUUUUUCUUUCAUAGAGAUUGGGAGUGAAGUGCAUUUUAAUGCAAGGCUUGAGCAAUCGGAUAUCCAUUAAGUUUUAAAUGGAACAGAUUGAAAUACCAUAUUAAUGGGGACUGAUGAGUGUUCUCUGACUGAGGCCAUUUUUUGCACACCACCUUUUCUUCCAACAUAUUGGCUGCGAUCAACACAGCGUAUAACCCUCAAGUAUUAUCUUUUUUUUUUAACCCAGGGGAUCCAGUUCACUUCUUAAAUUAAAAAUAAUGUACAGUCAAUUAUUUACAACCUUUUUGUUUGAUACUCUUCUUAUAUACUGUUUGUCAUCCUUACUUGAACAUUUUCCUUUUGAUUGACCCCCUUUUCCCUGUCUCCUCUCUUUGCUUUUAAUUAACACCUUUAAUUUCUGUCCUGUUCAGUAGGAGAUGAACAAGUCAAGGGAUAGCAGAGCCUCCGCGUAGUAACUGUGUGCGUUACAAUAUGCGGCCUUGCCUCCUCCACUUGUGCUUGUCUCCUCGUACCAGGAAGUAAUAUGUCAUGAUGACAUCACUGACCACAGCAUUAUAUUUCAAUAUCUUGCAAAAGCUCAAUUGUAAAGCCUUCUUCUCAUUUGCAAUUGGGAUGGUGAAUGAAAAACAGUCCCUCAAAAGUUGUUGUGGCUAGGCUGACAUCUGGGAAACUUUAUCGGUUUCUCCACGGAGGAGGGGCCAGGAGGCGGGGCGAGGAGACAAGCGCAAGUGGAGGAGGCAAGGUCGCGUAUUGCAACGCACUCAUUAGCUUCUCUUGUACAGUACAGUGUAUCUCUGCUCUGCUAUGGGGAGUACUUCAGGUCACAAGGAACUGUUGCCUGUACACCGUAAUGACGACUUAUUCAAUAAAAUAUAAAUGAAUUGGA